AUGAGGCUGUACAAUGCAGAGUCGCGUGGCCCACAACAUGUUCAUCAAGCAGUCCUGAACGACUACAUUGACCAACUGUUGUCUAAGGGUGCAAAGGCCGUUGCCGAUGCCCUCAAAGAUCUGGCGCGAGACUCAGAGCGCACCGCUGCUCUGCUGCACCAAAAGACGAUGGAUGCCGAGCGGAAGAGUGAUAAGGCCGUGAAGCUUGAGCAGGAGUUACAGAAUAAGGACUUCGAAGCUGAGCAACUCCGCCGAGAGCUGGAGGAUGAGCGAGAGCAGCAGACACUUCAAGAGGAACGCCAUAAACAGGAGACAAAGGAACUGCGUCGUGAAUUAGCAGAACAGCGCGAAACCAACCAGCGGCUGAGUGCCCUCUACCACUCACGAGUAAUGGACGAAGAUGAUGGAUACCGCUUUGGCGUGCGCCGCAGCAAGCACAGCGCAGUUGGCUUAAACGACCAGCCUCGUUGCUUUGGAAACAAGUGCACAAUCAUGUAA